CGCUGGACUGCCGCGGGGCAUACUGGGCCAAGAUGGCAGCAAUGACUAAGGCGCUUCCGCGGCGACUGGUGGGCUUGGCGUCCCUUCGGGCUAGAUGCUUGGGGAACUAUCCCAGCGUACCGAGCGGGACUUGAGUUGACUGGAGCCAAGCUGUGAUUCCCUUGGAAUUGCACUUUUAUCCUGUUCGAUCCUGAUGUUUCCCCUCUCCCAUUCUCGGCGCAGGUCAGCACCUCAUCUAUGGACACGUUACCAAAGCGAGUGAAAAUUGUGGAAGUUGGUCCCCGAGAUGGUCUACAAAAUGAAAAGAAUAUCGUAUCUACUCCACUGAAAAUCAAGCUGAUAGACAUGCUUUCUGAAGCAGGACUCUCUGUUAUAGAAGCCACCAGCUUUGUGUCUCCUAAGUGGGUUCCCCAGAUGGCUGACCAUGCUGAAGUCUUGAAGGGCAUUCAGAAGUUUCCUGGCAUCACCUACCCAGUCCUGACCCCCAAUUUGAAAGGCUUCGAGGCAGCGGUUGCUGCUGGAGCCAAGGAAGUAGCCAUCUUUGGAGCUGCCUCAGAGCUUUUCACCAAGAAGAACAUCAAUUGUUCCAUGGAGGAGAGUUUUCAGAGGUUUGACGCAAUCUUGAAGGCAGCACAGUCAGCCAAUAUUUCUGUGCGAGGGUACGUCUCCUGUGUGCUUGGCUGCCCUUAUGAAGGGAAGAUCUCCCCAGCUAAAGUAGCUGAGGUCACCAAGAAGUUAUACUCAAUGGGCUGCUACGAGAUCUCCCUGGGGGACACCAUUGGUGUGGGCACCCCAGGGAUCAUGAAAGACAUGCUGUCUGCUGUCAUGCUGGAAGUGCCACCGGCUGCCCUGGCUGUCCACUGCCAUGACACCUAUGGCCAAGCCCUGGCCAACACCCUGGUGGCCCUGCAGAUGGGAGUGAGUGUCGUGGACUCUUCUGUGGCAGGACUUGGAGGCUGUCCCUAUGCACAGGGGGCAUCAGGAAACUUGGCCACGGAGGACCUGGUCUACAUGCUAGAGGGCUUGGGCAUUCACACGGGUGUGAAUCUCCAGAAGCUUCUGGAAGCUGGGAACUUUAUCUGUCAAGCCCUGAACAGAAAAACUAGCUCCAAAGUGGCUCAGGCUACCUGUAAACUCUGAGCCCCUUGCCCACCUGAAGCCGUGGGGAUGGUAUGGAAAUAGGUGCACACACAGAUGAUUCAUGGAUGGGAACACGGAAAUGAGAAUGAGGUUAAAUGGUGCAGGUACCUCAUAGCCAGCUCUACACAGAGGUCUCUCCUGGCAGAAAGCAGGCGAGGGGCAGGAGGAGCUGCUUAGCAGUGGGACCUCCUGCCCAGACCUGAGUAGGAGCAAGAGGCUUUGAGGGCUGAAGUCUCCCUUCAUUAUGGACCCUGGCCCAGGAGUUGAAUCCCUGAGGACAUGUGGGAACCCCAUUCCCUACUUGGCAUGAUCCUUGAGUCUCCGCUCUGUAUGGAAUCUGCGAGCUGGCCACCUGGCUGCCCUCUACACAGCUCCAGCCUGCCAUGGCCUUGGGGCCCUUGCUCUCUGACUUCUCAGGACACAGGUCAUGGGGCUUCUUCCCAAGCUGGCAGAGACCAUUUGUGGAAAGUGGAGAGCUUCGUGCUGGCCAUCUGCCAACUCCAUCUCUGGAAAAUCUCCACGCUGAAUGUGAAUUUUGAAAACAGCUUAUGUAAUUAAAGGUUGAAUGGCACAGAAUCAUUCCGGCA